CUCCCUAUCUUAUAGCCUGCCCAGGAGGGUAUAUGGAGUAUUUGAAAUCUUUUUGCGAAAACUGUAUGGAUUUACUAAAGCACUGGAUUUGUUUUACAUGUAGAACGCUGGAUCACAAGUGAGCAAAAUGCAAGAAAGGGACCUCAAUUCACCCGAACAUACAAGGACUGUGUAACAGCCUGGAUUUCUCUGAAUAUCUGAUAGGACAGAGGAUUUUUUUUGGUGUGUUUACCUGCUUUGGAUGAUGGAUGGCCGAGAUUUCGGACCCCACAGAUCUGUGCACGUCCCCUCUCCUCUGCUCACGGGCUUGGCCAUGGAGUCGCACCGGCUCGGGGCUGCAACUGCAGCCGGGCGCAUCGCUUCUUCCCCCGGUCACUUGGCCACGGGUCACCCGACGCCUCUCCUUACUGGGAAAUACAUGUCAUCCGCCAUGAACCUUCAUUCACACCAUGGUGACGCAUUCCCAGUUAGCUCCAGCCCUUUCCUCAGCGGGUACGUGAACGGCAGUUUGGGGGGCUCCUCCACACCCCAUGGGACCCCCGCUUCACUGCCCGCCGAGCCUUCCUUCCGUGCGCCCGCCCCCUCCAACCUGCAGAUGGCGCAGCUCUGGGCAUCUCACCCCCACAAAGGUUUCUCCCACUUGCCAAACAGCCUGUACCCGAGCCCGUACAUUCCGCUCAGCCAUCUGGAACACCCAAGCAGUGGGAGCUCCCUCCUGGCUCAGCUCAGCCAGCAUGGGCUCUACGAGUCCCAGAAAGAAGGGUUUUACUUGUCCGGCCAUGCUGGACAGUCUGCCUUGCACCCCCAAUCGUCCAUCUCUAGAGCAACUUCCAACCAAAUGCCAAGCUCUCUCCUCCGGGAGAAGGAUGUUGUUUCUCAUCACAAGAGCGCAAAGGACUUGAGCAGAGACUCGAGCAGGGAGAAACCAUGCAGGACUGAUUUCAACCUGUCCCACCCUCGCAGGGAGAGAGAGAGGCACAGAGAGGAGUCCCGGCCACGCAGCGUAGUGGACCUCACUCAGGAGCCUAAACUGGAGGGGAGUGAGAGGAAAGUCAGUGGCUUGGACAGGUCUUAUAAAACGGGGGAGCACACGUCGUCUCUGUUCUAUCGCGAGCACUCGCCUGGUUUGGGUGGCGGAGAGCCAAAGUCUAAGAACCCUUUGCAAACCUCCUCUCUGAGCAACUGCAACAGUGGCGGCAGCAGCAGCUCUGUGAAAUACCAGGGCUCUGAGCAGGAGAGGGGCGCCAAGGACCCGAGCCGACACGAUGAGAACAUGCGGCCCUCUGCAUACGUCCACGCAGACAAGCCGAAAAAAUUUGACGCGGUUGUGACUUCUUCGUCGUCUUCUUCAGUUGGCUCUUCGCAUGUUUCCUGCAGUUGUCCAUCCACACACAGCAAUGCCUCGCAACCUGCCCCCAGGGUACUAUCUUCAAACACAUUCCCUCCCACCCACCAUGCCCAGGCCAGCCUGUACACCCUCUACCCAUCUGCCAAGGAACCAGCAAGAGAGCACAAAGUCAUCGCGCCUACGUUUGUGCCUUCUGUCGAGGUCUAUCAUGAGAGAAAUGGGCCAAUCCAAAUAGCCUCACAGGCUCGGGACAACAAAAAUGAUAAAAACUGGGACAAGGAUGGUAACAAACCGGGGUGUUUGCAGGCCCCCAGUGAAAGGACACUUGUAGACCCUGUGCGGCCACCUCACACACACGAGUCUCCAUUGCAUGGCGACGUUAAGAGGAUGGAAAUGUUCAGGGAGGAAGGUUCAGUUAUAAUGUCAAACUGUAUGGCGACGAAACGGCCAACGUCAUCAGAAUUAUUCCCUAUCAAAGCCGGCCAUAGCCCAGACACUAGGGACUUGCUCUUAAACAGCGCCACGUCCAAAGAAAUGAUGAAAAUGGUGCUGGAGGCUGAGGCUCGUAGCCAAGAACGAGAGAGGCUUCAAAGGGCGGCCGCGAGAGAUUCUAGCAAAAUGUACAAUGUGGUGGACUCCUCCAGGAUCCACGUGGAUCAGCACCAACUUAAAAACUCUUCCCCAACGGAGCCCAAAUGGAAGCCUUUUGAAAUGGGCAGCUAUGCCACCAACCAGAUGGCUGCGCUUGCUGCCCAGCAUGGGCAUGGGAACAGAGGAGGGGAGGAGGAAGGCAAGAAGGCCUACCUGGACCCUUCUGGUCUUCAGAGGUCCACCGUGGUCGGGAACUCCCGAGGCAGUUCCGAGGUCCUCCACCCGGGAUCUCACGGAGAAGUUUCUGCCAUGCAGAGCUUGAUCAAGUACAGUGGUAACUUCGCCAAGGAGACCAGCACGCGGCCCAACGGUGGGAUCAGGAGCCCGUUCGGUGGCCUGGGAAAUAUGAAGCUGGAAGCUAAUCCGCUUGGGAUGUCCAAGGUCCAGCAUCUCCCACCCCAGCAAUGUGGGAAGCAAUUAAAGAGAGACCCCGAAAGGCCGGAGAGUGCCAAGUCGUUUGGCAGGGAGAGCAUUGGGUCUCAGGGAGAGGUUGAAGUGAGGCAUCCACCAGUUGGCAUUGCUGUGGCUGUUGCACGACAGAAAGACAACACCAGCAAGCCCAGCUCUAACUUGGGGGACAGGGAACGAUCGAUUCCAGUGGGCAGCAUUAAAGGAUCUGGCCACGCGGAUGAGGAUCGUACGGAUGACCGGAGUCGUCACCGUGACGACCGUCUCCUGGCAGGCCGCUUGGAGCGCGAGCAGGAGAAAUUGCUCCGAGAGAGUAAGGAGCUGGCGGAUUUUGCCCGAAUUCACCAGCCCGGUGUGUCCGCCAAUGGCUUGAAUCCUAACCUGAUGGUGACUGGAGGUCCUUCCCUGGCUGGCCCAGGGCGAUGGCCCACUGAUCCUGAAUCCCAUCUGGCUUCUCACCACUGGAUCCCCCGCACAGCCAGCUCCUCCAUGUGGCUAGCAGGCUCUCCUUACGGUUUGGGUCACCCAUCACUUCACCAAGGGAUGGCUCCAGGGUAUCACCCAGGCAUGCCUGGCUCCAUCCCCUCGUCCUACCAGUUUGCCCGGGACCCUCAAUCAGGGCAGCUGUUAGUUAUCCCAACAGAUCACCUACCGCACUUUGCAGAACUGAUGGAGAGGGCACCUCCGCUGUGGUCCACGAUGUACCCGCCAACAGGAAGUUCGCUCCAGCAUGCCCACCAGCUUCAGUUACUUUCUCACCAACAGUUGCUUAGGCAACACGAGCUCUACAUGUUGCAACAGCAAGCCGCCCAAGCCAUGGAGCUCCAGAGAAGCGCCCAGCUAGUGGAGAGGUUAAAGGCGAGUGAACACAGAGCUGAGAUGGAGGACAAGGCUGCCAAAAGAAGCCACGAAGGGGCCAAGCAGGGUCUGCCUGCUGCCUGCGCUCCCACCCUGCAUUCCAGGAAACCACCGUCGCCUUCCCCCACUCCGUCUACGUCCUACGGCAAGGCCCUGACGCCCCGGCCCCCGACCCCUUCACCCUCCCCCGUGACCGUCCUCAAGUCGGAGGUUCGACAAAAAAUCGAGGAGGCUGUGCCCCAGCAGCCAUAUUCCUACCCCUCCACGCCAGCUCCUCACCCGUCCAGCCCUGCCCUCUCCUCCCCCCCACCCGAAACACCCAUCCCUCCCAAGAAGGAAGCACCAGAAGAGAUGGAGAAGAAAGAUAUCGAUUUGCAGAAAGGGCCUUUCCAGGCCUUAUUUCCUGAAAUCCCUCAGGGCUUUCCUUUCCAAUCAAUAACCGCUCGCUUUGGCAGCCACUAUCCCUACCUCCUUCAGCCUGCCGCCGCUUCCGAUGCGGACGGACUGGCCCCAGAUGUGCCGCUGCAGGUGGAGACAUCAGAACAUCUGUCUGCCUCAGUUGAGGUUAAACCCAUGCGCUUGCACCCACCUGCCAUGGUGGAGUCCUUACAGCCAGCCGUGGGGCCCGAGCCAAUGGAGGAAAGUGCUGUGAACAAGGAAGAGUCUGAUCUUGAGGAAACCCAGCAAAGCCCUGGAGACCAAAAUGGCAGCAUGGCCCUGGACAAUAGUGUCCCAGAAGAACUAGAGUUGGUGACCAAACCAGAAAACCAGUCUGGCAAGGAGAGGCACACAGACGAGAUGGAGCAAGAGCAGGAGGACAAUGAGUUGCAGAAGGGAGGGGGAACAGCCGGAACCUGCCAGACAUCCUACCGAUUGAUUGACUGCGCCCCAGAAAUGGAGCCACAGCCAGAAGAGCUAGAGGAACAGGCACACUACGUACAUGCAGACUUUGACAAUUCGAUGGCCUAUUGUGGACCAGAAGUGCAAGAGGUCAAGGUCCAAAGAGAAAGCGCUUCCAAAGCUGAGGAACUGUACGAUGAGGCUGAUGAGAAGGAGAUCUUCACCGUUCCCUCUAGUACACCAGAACCUCCAACUGAGGAUCUGUCCAUCAAGGAGGGUUUCUUGUCUUCUCAGAUUGCCCAGCUGGACACCUUGAACAUUAGGCCGGAUGACCCGAUGGCAGGGAUGAUCGCCUUGGUGGCAGCCUCAGAGCUGCCCCAAACAUGUUCCCUGCCAACUCAUUAUACCCCAACGGCUGUCCUCUCUGCCCUCAAGAUGACCGAUGACUGUUCUCCAGUGGACCCUGCUGGCCUUCAUGGAAUCGCUCUACUGAGUGAAAUAGCAGAGCUGGAGCUGGAGAGGCGGAAGAAUGAGAUUCGUUACACAAUGCGAGCCGACUUGGAAAGCCUUUUGGUGGCAGGAACGCAGGUGUUAAUGGAAGCCCUGGCAUGCAAGCCUGCAAUAACCAUCCAGCUUCCUCGAGAGCUGAACCCCAACAAGAAAUACAGCUGGAUGCAAAAGAAGGACGAGCCUUUGUUCUCCAUUAAGUCUGCCAUCGAGGGCAUGGGUGCCAUGGAGCUGGAUUACAGGGUGAGACUGGCCGAGUUGCAGAGGAGAUACAAAGACAAGCAAAGAGAACUGGCGAAGUUACAGAAACACAGGGAUGCAGAAGAGAUACGUGAGGAGAAGAACAGAAGUCUGUCAAGGAGAGGCCCAGGAAGGCCCAGAAAGAGAAAGCAUAGCCUUGCCUCGCUGCCUGUUGGGAAAAGUGACUGCAAGGGUAGCAAGCUUGGCAAGUCCUUCCUGCUGUCUGAGUACACGGAGAUGGGCGAGGGACUGCGGAAGAGAUUCCGAGGUCUGAGCGCUGAAGACGAGGAUGAGAUGGAUGGCGUGAGUGUGAAAGUGAAAAGAAAAAGCAAGAGCUGGGAUGACGCUUCCUCCAGCUUCUCUCAAGAGGUGCAGACAAAGAGUAAGAAAAAGAAGGAGGAGAACGAGCAGGAGCAGUUGGCAACCAAACUGGACAAGGCCCUGUCUCUGACCAAACUCAGUCAGCUCGGCAAGUCUCCUUUUAAGUUUGCAAACAGCUCUGUAGGGAAAUCGAAAAGCAGUUCUGGGAGUUGCAGUAAACGCCUCGGGUCCCACGAGAUGGAGGGCCUGGGACAGGAAGGGAAGAAAAACCUCUCGCAAAGCCUCAGCAUCUCACAGAAAUCUUCCAAAGAAGGUAAAAACAAAAUGGCUGCCAAAACAAAGAAGAUGGAGUUUGGGAUGAAGGUCAAAGGUCACCUGAAAGCUUCUCCCUCCCCUGCAAGGUCAGAAGUCAGCAGUUACUCAUACAGUACAGACACGGAGGAGGAAGAUGAAUCAUCAAAGCACGGCUGGCCAUCCCAUUCAGCGUUAAGUAAACCUGGAUCGAGGGGGAGACCCUCCCGCCUGCACGGCUCGGCCUUCACGAAGAGCAGACAGUCGCCCAAGAGGGGCUUGUCCACGUCCUCCUCGUCUUCAGCAGGAACUCUGAAAUCAAAACAGACGGCAAACAAGAAGAGACACAAGCACUUUGCUUUACUGCUGCAAGAGGCAGAGGCCCGGUCGUCCUUCAGUGACUCUUCGGAGGACUCAUUCGACCAAGAUUAUACCUCAGAGGAGGAGGAGGAGGAGGAGGAUGAAUUCGAGGAGUAUGAUCUGGAUGGGCAUGACUGCCUCGGUUCUCCCAGCCUGGAUGAGAGUGGGCUGGGGCUGCUGGCCAGGUUUGCUGCCAGCGCCAUGCCCAGUCCCAUCAUCGUUCCUUCACUGUCUGUCGUUCAGCUGGAGGCCAAGCAGAAGGCCAAGAAGAAGGAAGAAAGGCAGAGCCUCAUGGGGACUGAAUUUGAAUACACAGAUUCAGAGAGUGACAUCAAGAUUAAGAAGAAGCCCCCCUCACUGCUUCACUCCAAGAAGCCUCUGCUGGAUUCGGCCGUGCCCGUGGGGAUGACUGGGGAGCUGCCCGGCUCCAACAAGCUGAAGCUAGCGGAAAAGGGAAAGAGGCUGAAGAAGGUGAAGUCUCCCCUGGAAUUCAGCUUCGAGUUCGGCCAGGAGGUGAGCGACGACGACCGCUGGCCGCGCAGGAGGAGCGAGCGCAUUUUCCUUCACGACGCCACUCUGGUCACACCCCUCUCUCCCUCCAGAACGAGCCCUCCCGCCACUGCCAAACCGGCCCGCUCCCCCAAAGCCAUGCCGCAGAGCCCCAAAAAGGAAGCCAGCAAGCCAAAGGAGGAAAAAGACCAUGGCAAGAAGAAGAAAGGCAGAGAGACCCCAUUGUGUCUGUCACCCCCUCAGCACCUGAGCACCUCCAGCGAGGGCCAGGUCUGUCUGGCCUCCUCACCCCUCAGCCCAAGCAAGAAGAGCAAGGUCAAGGUGAAGACGAGGGAGGUAAAGAAAGAGCAGGCACGAGGGAAGGGCGGUGCAGUCAGCAAGCUGAUGGAGAGCAUGGCCGCUGACGAGGAUUUUGAGCCCAAUCAGGACAGUAGCUUCUCUGAAGAUGAGAACGUCCCGCUGAGUGCGCUGAUCGACAGGCCCAACACACCCGGCCCCCGUAACUGUGUUAUCGACAAAGACGAGCUGAAGGAUGGGCUCCGGGUCCUUAUUCCCAUGGAUGAUAAGCUGCUCUAUGCCGGCCACGUCCAGACUGUUCACUCUCCAGACAUAUACCGAGUUGUUGUGGAAGGAGAGCGAGGAAACCGGCCUCACAUCUACUCCCUGGAGCAGCUUCUACAGGAGGCGAUUAUUGAUGUAAAGCCCCCCUCUGUACGCUACCUCCCAGAGGGAACGAGAAUCGCUGCAUACUGGAGUCAGCAAUACCGCUGCCUGUAUCCUGGAACCGUGGUCAGAGGGAGCCCUGAUGUGGAUGAGGAUGAUGAUUUGAUAACCGUGGAGUUUGACGACGGAGACACAGGAAGAAUCCCCCUGUCGCACAUCCGACUGCUGCCUCCCGAUUAUAAGAUACAGUGUGCAGAGCCUUCUCCUGCCUUACUGGUGCCCAGCACAACGAGACGCAGCAGGAAGUCCAGCAAGGAUGCCGGGGAAGGCAAGGAGGCGAGCGUCCAAGUAUCGGAGGAGCCAGUUCCAAAGAGCCGAGGGCGCGGCAGGAGGCCCAAACCUAAACCUGGGCCUGAAGUUGUUCCUGAGGAUCGUGAACAAGGAGAAGUGUCUGCUUCCACAGACACCCAGGAGAGAUCAGCGGCCCUGGGGAAACCAGGCUCCAGGCCAGCUAGAAAGUGCCAGCAAAGCCCAAACGCUGGCUCUUCUGUGGCGAUGCCUACUGAAAUACAGAAGAAAAUCGCAAAGGGGAAGAUUCCUGCCAAAGGAAACACUCGGCAACAGGCGUCCUACACAGGACCAGUUUUUGGCAAAGUCCUUUCAGAUUCCUACAGUGACCUCUUGGGUUCAUUCAUACCCAGUGACAACAGUCAGGGGAAAGUGAAAUCCAAGAAAGGGAGGAAAGGAGAUGAGGCCCAAAGAAAGCAGCCCGAGUCUGAGCUUAUGAUCAAGCUGGAUCACGAAGGAGUGACGUCUCCAAAGACCAAGAAGACCAAAGCCCUGAUGAUGAUGGAAGACCAGAGCCUCUCAGGCAAGAGGGACAACAAGACCAUGAUGGGCAUGGCUUAUCCCACGGUCAUGGUAGGGGAGGUCAAACAGAAAGCAGCCAAGACCAAAGCAGGGGAAAAGGAAAAGCUGAAGGCUGGCGCUGUCUCCACGUACAGCGUAGGGAAGCUGGGGAGAAGCGUGGAUGGCUCGGUCAAGGUAAAGGAUCCGGAAACAAACGAGGAAGAAGAGGAAUUGGACGACGACGACAGCAGCAGCAGCAGCAGCAGCGGCGGCGGAAGUAGCAGCAGCAGCUCUGAGUCAGAUGGGGAGGAAGAAGAGCAAAAUCAGGGUGUAGGAGGCCAAGAAGACAGCACCUCAAACAGCUCCAGGGCUUCCAGCCCCAUCUCAUCCACCAACUCCUCAACCUCCUCCUCCAGCAGCAGCUCCUCCUCCUCCUCCUCCUCCUCCUCCUCUUCUUCCGGCUCCAGCUCUUCUUCAUCAACCACUGAUGAAGACUCCUGCAGUUCUGAUGAGGAGACCCCAGCCUCCCCGCAUUCCACUUCUCCCACCCAGCAGGCUCCUCCCCAAGCCGAGGACAAGGUAUCAGGACAGCUCCAGUCCUCCUCUUCCUCCUCCCCAUCCCGGGCCAGGAGUCAGAAACAGCAGCAAAGCAAGAACAGACCGAAGAAACGGGAAGGAAUCCAUCUGCCCACUACCAAGGAGCUUGCCAAGCGUCAGAGACUUCCUUCGGUGGAAAACAGACCCAAAAUCGCUGCCUUUCUGCCUGCCCGGCAACUCUGGAAGUGGUUUGGCAAACCAACCCAGAGGCGAGGAAUGAAAGGUAAAGCCAAGAAGCUGUUCUAUAAGGCGAUUGUGCGAGGGAAGGAGAUUAUACGCAUCGGAGACAGUGCGGUUUUCCUGUCUGCUGGGCGGCCCAACCUGCCUUACAUUGGGCGCAUCCAAAGUAUGUGGGAGUCCUGGGGAAACAACAUGGUGGUCAGAGUCAAGUGGUUCUACCACCCAGAGGAGACUAACCCAGGGAGGAAAUUACAUGAUAGAAAGCAAUGGGAUCAGAAGUCUGGGAGAGGACUACCAGCUGCUCUCCAGGCCUCCAACCAGAGAAAGGACUUCAUGGAGCGUGCCCUGUACCAGUCCUCUCACAUCGAUGAAAACGACGUGCAGACCGUCUCUCACAAGUGUCUGGUGGUCAGUCUGGAACAGUACGAGCAGAUGAUUAAAACCAAGAAAUAUCAGGACAGCGAGGAUCUGUACUACCUGGCUGGGACCUACGAGCCCACCACAGGGAUGAUCUUCAACACUGACGGGGUGCCCAUCAUAUGCUGAAGCGCAGCACCGUUCCUGUAAUGCGUAAAGAGGGACCAGAGCCUCUAAUGCUCAGUAUUUACCAGAAACAUUCAACCAAGGCUGCCUUCAAGAGCAGUGCACGUCACGCCUUGGAUAAUGCAUUGCAAAAAGAGAAAAAAAAUAAUUGCAGAGGAGAGACAGCAGUUAUCUGUUCAAGGACGCUCAUGACCAUCUUGGGUUUACUGAUUCUGUGAAUUACAUAGAAAGAAAGAAGGUGGCGGAUGAGAAAAGCCUUAUAAAAGUGCUUUAGAAGCACAUCAUUAGGUUCUUAUGGGGAAACGGUUAGCUGCCUGAAGAAAUAUUUGCCCUUGGUACAAAAUAACUAUCAGCUCGGGAUCUGCAAUUUAUUUGACUUGGAAUAAAAAUCAGCUGCAUGGCAGCUCGGAGCAGAUCUGUAUUGAAAUUUGUACCCUUGGAGGCAAGAUGACAUUAUCAGUCUGAGGACUUCUUCUGGGAAGCUGGUCACCUGACUUUUAAAGUUGUAAUUACAUCAUAUCAAAUAACCUUUCAAUGCAUUCCUAGAGCUGCAAACCUGGCCUUCCGGACAGAAAGACUUUUUGCGCAGAAUACUGAUACGUUUGUGAAAACGAAGGGAAAAAAGAACGAUGGGGAAAUCGGGACUGAGCGGAGGUCAUCACCAUCACCAUCUGCUGAGUGCUAAUUGUGGUCUCGUGGAAAUGAGGGUGACACAACCGUGGAGAAAGUGUUGAAGAUGUCUGAAAGGCAAACCUGUAUUUGUUUUAAAAGAAUACGUCAGCACCAGCCGCAGAUGUUUCUACCAGCAAAGCUUCAAUUAAAGAUGACACGGUUCAUAAGGGACUUAGUGGAUCUCUGAGGCCAUAAGGUUUUAUGAUAAUCCUCGGGCAAUCUGCAAGCCCAAUGCUAUCCAGCUUCUAAAAUAAUUUAUUAAAGAUGACAAUGAGUGUGUUAGCAGAGAAAACAAACCUUGGAGUGAAGAUGACAUCCUCAUCAUCCUCAUCCUCAUCAUCAUCAUCAUCAUCAUCCUCAUCAUCCUCAUCCUACAGCUUUCUGGAAAGCCUAUCGUGGUGAUUUUAUGCACCCAGGGUUUCUAAGUGAAGUUGACAGAUUUGGCCCUGUCCAGUUCACCACAUUGCUGUCCCUCAGCAGUGCCUAUCAGGACAUUUAUUUCACUGAGAUUUCAGGACUGAGGAAAGGAACAACUCGCUAUGAGCACUUAGGAAGACGACAGACAUUUCCCAUGGUUGACCUACCAGACAACCCAGUGUAGGAAAAAGGGAUUUUUAUUUUUAUUUGCUGCUUCAAAAAAAAAAUGGAGGCUUUGACCAACAUAGCGAUGAAAUCAGAAAGAAAAAAAGCUUUAUAAAAAUGUGAAAAGAAAAUCUCCAUAAUCUGGAAACCUAAGGUUAGUGCUGAUAUGGUAUAAUCAUGCUUCUGGAACUAAACCCAGCAGCAGGUCAUUUUCAUGAGUAAUUGUAUUAAAAAAAAGAAAAGAGAAUAUGUAUUUUGAAAUCUUAAUAGUAUUUUUGCCUUGUGGCUACUGUGAGAGAAGAGAGACGUUGGGAUGUUAGCUGAGAGCACUUAUUCACUGCCGGAUGCCUUGUGUAGAAGAGGAGUAUUCAGACAAUCGAAGGAAGAGGAGAACCAGAUGUGCAGUUUGUUCCAUUGUGUUUGUUUUGUUGACGCAGGUCUCCUCUGUGUGAUGUAAUUAAAGAGGUGCCUGCUGUUCCACCCGUUUGGCUUCAUUAUGCCAUGUAUGGUUGCUUCCACAGCAGUGUGAUCGUUGGCCUUUUAAUGAACCCAAGUAGCUGACAGCUAGCCUCUUGCUUUAGCUGGAAAUGUACGAUUCCUUUUCUUCAAAAAGGAAAACAAUCAUUUCCAUUUUUAUUCUUUUAAAAACCCUUAAAGUUACUAACUGAAGAAUAAUGAAACUCUCUGCUAGAAGUAUUUUCUGCAUAUAUAAACUAAAGUAUUAUUUCCUACCAUUGUUGUAAUGAAGAGGUCAAACUAUGAGAAAUGGGGGGAAAGUAACUGGGAUCUCGGUGGCUAUCAGGCUAAUAAGGCCAAAGCCUGUGGUCAUGUCGGUAGUUAGCUGUGUUCCUAAAUCUACCCGUAGGUUUAUAAUAUAACUACCCAAGGCAAAUGUUAUGAGGUACUCUUCAGAAAAGCCUCACCGUAUCACACUGCUUUGGGAACCAGUUGGUUAUUUUAUGUGUGCUGUAUUACCAAGUCCAAACAAACCUAGUGGACACUGUUUUGUUAGUCUUCAUGCUGUGCUCAAGGCACAGAAAUAUGUUUUUCCCCCCAGUGUAGAUUAUAAUGCCAUAUGUGUGCCUAACCUGACCUAAUGUUGGGUGAACGUGAUUUGUUACAUUGCACAAGGCUGAGAAGUCUUUGUUUAGUUUGUCAAUCUUUUUAAAAGGACCGGGAGGAGUUCCUGGGCUGUUUUCAUUGCAGGAUUAAAAAGUGCGGUUGAUUAGAAAAGGUCAAAAAGAUUUAUCAAAAUGGUAGCAUCAGAAAGAGGUACACAGACUAAAAACAUGAAUCAGUCAUUCCAACCAGUGGUUCGUAAAGCUGGAUGCGUGCUGUGAUUAAAAUGACGAGGGAAAUUAAAACAUGCUUGUCCUUUUUUCAGCAUCAGUGAAAUUAAUUUGCAUCAAGUGAACUCAAUCACAAAACCACAUUUUUGAAAGAACAUUUCAAAUUUCAUAUGUGCUUAUCAGCUAUCAGCUAUAUGACAGUUUUUUAACUGAAUUCUGAUUGACCCUUCCCUGUCUGCUAAAUGCAAGCCAUCGCUUUGCCUUGCUGUUUAAAGGUCAUUAUUAUCUUGUGACUGGUAAAUUAGAUGAAUGUAGCGUUCAUUCCCAAAGAUGUUUUCUUUCAUUUUAUGAGAAGUUGUCGGAGAGUUGUGAAUCACUCUCUUUUUUUUCUUUUUUUUUAAAAUUUAGUCGUUGCCAAUUAUUUUUAUUAUUUUUCUCCCAAUUUGGAAUGGCCAAUUAUUUUAUUAUGCUCAGCUCACCACUACCACCCCUGCGCUGACUCGGGAGCGGCGAAGACGAACACACGCUGUCCUCCGAAGCGUGUGCUCUCAGCCGACCGCUUUUUUUCACACUGCAGACCCACCAUGCAGCCACCCAAGAGCUACAUCGUCGGAGGACAACGCAGUUCUCGGGCAGCUUUUCUAGUCGCUGAAACGAUUUCUGUUUCCGUUAUCGGAAACAGGAAUUGUUUUCUAUCUGGGUUUAAACUGAAGGAAUCGUGUUUUUGGACAUGGAAUUGCAUAAUAAUGACGUCUAAAAAAAAAAAAACUAAAAAAAAACAGUUUAAAUGUUGUCAACCCCAAACUCCAGUGUACACGUGUCUCUGUUUAAUAGUGGACUGAACAAGUAGCACGACGAAGCUCUGCAUUCGCUUUCUGUAAAAGGACAUUCAGAAAAUUGGGGUAAAGGUGCCAAAUGAUUCCGCUGUAUUGAAACAAUGGUAACAGUAACAGCACAUUGUAUAUCAAACACUUCUGUACCAACUCGGACCCACUUGUGGAGAACUAAAAGCCGCUAAGAUACAGGGUACAGGUCUGGCUUUGUUUAUCUAUCUUUCUCUCGGUGCAACAGUAGUCUUUCUGUUCGUUUUUGCUGUGAAGACGCAUUUCAUGUUUACGUGUUAAAACUUCAGUCACCGGAGUGGAGAGAGCACUUGACAGUUUAAAACUGCCUUGACUUCCCCUUGGCUCAGUUUGCAGUUUGGGCAGCACCGUAGGAAAUCGGGCUACUGCUGCUAAAGCGUAUCCACUUCCCCAUGAAUACUGUUAGUCACAAAGUCACGUCCUGUGGCUUGGAAUGGCAGACAGUGGAAGUACAUUGUAAUAAAGAUAUACAACUUUAGCAACAGGUUGGGGGAGUAGUUACUACCUUUUGGUAAAGAUGACCUGAAAUAUGUAAUAUAUUGUAAAGCACGAAAUUUGUAUUUUUAUGUAUGUGUGUAUGUUAGUUAUCAUGUCCACUGUAUUAAGUGAUUGGGGCUUUUUUGUACCCUCAAUAUUUUACCCAGUAUAUAUGUAUGUUCCCCUCCCCCUUACCCCACUAUAUAAUUCUCCUAUAUAACUCAUGUGCAAUACUGCUGAUUAGAUACUCUGAGGUAGCUGCUAGUGGAGAAAUAAAUUUGUAAUAAAAAAAAAAAGUUAAAAGCAGACCAGAGGCUGGUCCUUUAUUGGUCUUUAUUGUUUAGUCCCUUUAAGUGUUAGUAAGGUCCUGAAUUAAAUAAAAAAAAAAAUAAAAAAACAAGAAUACUAAACAAUUUAAAGGAAAAAAAAAAACAACAUAUUUUGGAAUUUUAAAAAAAAAAUGAUCAAGAUUUUGUAAUGAAUGAGUAUUUGGGGAGGGCACCUGCUAUGAUUUCACUUUGUAUAAACAUUUAAUCAUGUGUAAAAAAAAAAAAAAGAAAAGAAAAGAAUCACAAAAAAGAGAAAGAAAACAGUCAGAAAUGUGGAUUGUAAAAAAAAAAAAAAAAACUCACAUGGUCACAUGGAACUUUUUUUAUUGAAACUGCAGUUUUACAAAGUGUUCCUUUAAAGCAUUUUAGUAACUCUGAUUUUAUAGUUUAUUCCUCAAUAAACUGAGAUAAAAAUGAAA